CAUCCUUUCUCCACCAGUUGUCGCGCACUGCUGCGCGUUCCCACUCGUAACCCCCGAACCUCGUCUCCCGAUCAGCGCAAUCGUCGCAAUCGUCGCAAUCGUCGCAAUCGUCGCAAUCGUCGCAAUCGUCGCAGCCAACGACACAACCCAUUUCCUCCACUGCGCAGCGCUGCAUGCGUCGCGAGGCAUGAACGGGGAUAACAACCCGCCGAGUUCGACCACUGGCGCGCCAGCCAACGGCUCGUUUGCCGCCCUGGCGUCGAGUCGCGCGAGUCCCUUCCCCGCGACCACCGCCGCGACGAAGACCACAAUGGCCGUCCCGGCCUAUCUUCCCCCGGCGCAGGCCUACCGCCCGCCUGCGUCUUCUCAGCCGGGCUACCCGCCGUCACUUUCCAAUGCCAAUUCCUUUGAUCGCGGCACCAAAAAGUCUCUGGGCACCCUGCAAUCCGCGACGCCCCCGACUCUCUCCUCAGCGCUGAUUCGUAACCUCCCGCUCAACACGUCGGAGGAGUCACUGCGCUUGAUGAUGGUUUUUUCCAAGGAUUUGGUCGAUGUCGAGGUCUUGCCUGUUGAACAAUCCGCCGAUGCCGGUUUCCGAUCCGCGAUCCUCAAGUUCAAAAGCCCGGCGGGCGCACAGGAAGCCAAGAACAUGCUCGACGGGAAAUCCAACAUUUCGAACGAUGCCGAGAUGAUUGUCGAGAUCCUCGGCAGCUCGAGUCCCACGGCCCUGGGCAAGCGAUUUUCCAACGACGCCAUCAUGUCCGCGGGCGCUCCCAACUCGAACGGCUCCGCGACUCCAUCUGCUCCGUCGUCAAGACAGACAUCGCGGUUCAACGGGACGUUCCAAUCGCUGGACAAGAUCACGCCUCCUCUGAACAACAAGUUUGGAGAUUUGACCGCGCACGAAGCUAGCGCCCCCUACCAUAACAUCUUCGGGCCGCAAUCGCCGAUCGGAAACCAUCUCGCCACCGGCACGCAGAUGACCAGCAAAUCGCUGAUCGAUUCUGCCGAGGACGAUGAGACCAAGGAGCUGCUCAAAGACCCCGUCGGCUUUGCCGAGAACGGUCUGCAGCGUCGACAGACAGCGCCGCAGCUGCCGAUAUCCCGCAUGGCGAACCUGUCACUGAACACCACCCCGAGCCCUGCCGCUACACACACUCCGAUGGGGUACUACGGCCACGCCGGCAUGGGGACACUUCCUGGAAUGCCAAACACGAUGUCGCCCACAGCAAUGGGCGGCCACGGCACAGGAUACAAUGCCCCGAUGCCCCACCGGAUGAAUAACUUCCCACCAGCGAACCCGGCCGACCAGAACCCGCCGUGCAACACGCUCUACGUCGGCAACCUGCCCCUUGACACCUCUGAGGAGGAGCUGAAGGCCAUGUUCUCGCGGCAGCGUGGAUACAAACGCCUCUGCUUCAGGACCAAACAGAAUGGGCCCAUGUGCUUUGUCGAGUUUGAAGACGUCACCUUUGCGACUAAGGCCUUGCACGAACUCUACGGACAACCGCUCCACAACAGCGUCAAGGGAGGCAUCCGCUUGAGCUUCUCCAAGAACCCUCUCGGUGUACGAUCAAAUCAGAACCAAAACCAAAACGGCGCGGGCGCCAUGGGCAGCGGCAUGAACGGGAUGCACUCCGGGUCCGCCAGCGGAUUCACCACAGCCAGCGGCCCUCCACCCGGAUUGAGUGCGCCUCCAGGUCUCUCCUCGAAUCGUGGUGGAUACCCGCCAUCGACCGGCCUCGCCACUGGCACCACCAGCAUGUACGCCCCUCCCAACAUGUCAAACGCACCUGGCAACCCAUGGGGCGGUGUGUACAACGGAAACGGCCCUGUGAUGGCCGGUAAUCCAUCGGCAUUCCCGCCUUAUAUGAUGGGGCGAUAACCUAACGACGCGUGAAAAUUCCUCCGUCGUUAUAGCUGGCCAUUUCCUAUCUUCCGGCUUCAGCUGGUCAGGGCCGUUCACUCGAUCAUUCACCGAUCCACCGCCCAGAGGCUUAGGCAUUGUUCCCUUGAGAUUCAGCUCCAGACCGAGCUUGACUCACUCGAUAUCCUCGGUCCGAAACUGGGGGUACUUUAUCUUGUUUCUUCAUCAGUCAUUUGUUUUUU